AUGAUAAAGUCACCAAACGGAGAACAAACCGUUUUAACCAACAACGAGAUGAAACCUCAUGAAAUGAAUAAAAAUCCCUCCGAUGCAGGAUCUGCGAACAAUCAGGAGAUUCAUCGAUAUUCAUCAAUAAGUCCUAGCACUACAAGAAUUCCCUCGAAAAACAUUUCCCGAAUUCCCUCUGAUGCUAGUCGACAAGACUUACAAAUAAAGAAUAUGCAAACAACUGGUUCCGGUGCAACAACUAAUGGUGGUGAUGAGAGUACAGAUGAGCAUAAACUGUUACAUUCAUCUGGAACACAUAAGCCGCUAUCCUCUAUACCCUCCGGCACAAAUGAAGUGAAUCUCCCUCAAGGCUUUACUGGUGGGAUAAAUUCUGGUGUAAUGGGGGUUCAGGCACUGAAUACCAACAACAACGCAGGCAUGUAUAACCUAGCUCAGCAGUACACCAACCCUAUGUCGAUGUUAGCUGCAGGGAUGGGUUCGACAGGAGGAGGAGGAAGCCUGGACAACGUGGAGUCUUCUCCAAACACAGUUGAUAAUGAGGCUCCACAAGUGGGAAAGACUCCUGGAUUUGAUCCCAAUCGACUGAUGAGCUCUUGGGCAAGUACAAAUAACUUCAACCCCGGAGAGUAUAACGUUGGACAAAACUUUAUAUCAACAGACGAAUGGACAAAAUAUGCAAAUCAACCCACUGGUUACACUGGUUUGAUGCAACAUAUAACUCAAAACACAAUGGGGAGCAACAGCAAAAAAGAAAAUCAAGAAAAGCAUACGGAAAACAAAUUUCCACAAGAGCAUUUUCAAACACAAGGAUCGUCUCUGGACACAUAUCAAAAUUCGGCAUUGACUGCAAAAAUGAAUUUUGCUCCAAAUAACAUGAUUAUGCCUGUGUCAAAUCCUCAGAUGCCGAAAUUACCCAUAAAAUUCAACUUUGAUCCCGAUAGUUUGAAUUCAUUUACAGGAUCCUUUCGGCCUGGGCAGUUUGCACCUGUACCUGCAGCUAAUGUAGGGGAAACAGACUUUGGUACGAAUGUUAUAAAACAUCAUUUAUCAGGCUUUCCAGAUAAAAUGCUUUCAAAGCACAAUCAACAACUUCAAAAUUUAAAGAAAACAGAAUAUCAGAAAUCUCCCGAGAUUCCUAAAUUUAAACCAAGUAAAAAUGCAUUUGAAAAUGUUCAUAUGGGGUUUAGUCCUGAUUUUUUCGUAGGACCAAUAUAUCAGUCUUCGAAGAAAAUACCACACGUGAGUGAUGCACAAAGAGCAAAGUUAGAAAAUCGAAGCGAUCAUAAAUCUGUUAAAAGCAAACUCUUAGUUUUAAAAAGAGAUCAGAAUGUUGUUUCUACCACAAGUACCUCUAGAUCAAAUUUGACCGUUCAGACAACAACACCCUCUGCUUCUACUACCACAGAUAAAACUAUAACAACUCCUGAUACCUCAAAGACUACAUCCCUUGUAGACAUUGGGGGAUUCAACCCGGAUGAAGUGAACAGACCGGUUAUGUAUAACCCAGGUAUGUCACCAGGAAUGAGUGUUGAAUCAUUCCAAAAUUUUCAGUACAGUCCUCAACAUCAUAGAGUCAAUUCAACUUCAACAGGUCAAACCUUUCAAUUUACUGGUAUGGGAUUUUAUCCAUCAGAGGUCAAUAAUGCAAAGAUGAAUUUUGAUGUUAAUUCGCAACUCGGUAUCCCAGGUGGAUCUUCAUCGGUUAGUGGACAAACCUUUGGUGGAGGUUACGAUCCCAUUAAAACAAAUAUUCUAGCCAUCCAAAAUCCAUUCUCUACCAACAAUCAAACUCAAGGGCCAUCUUUCACGGCUGGUAAGGUGUCUGGAUUUGGAUCUGCCUUCAUUGGUUCCUUCAAUCCCAACAGUGUAAAUGAAGGUAUGAUGAAGGAUCUGUUGAACUCCCAGGCAAACAGUAACAGUAGUGGGAAUUAUUUCGGUAUGGGAAUGACUGGCUUUGACACGUCUGGAUAUGGAGGUAAUUUCGACCCAUCAUCAGUAAACAAUGCUGUUUUCAAUCCAAAUGAAGUAAACAAUAUUAAAAUGCACUUUGAUCCAAGCGAGAUGUUGGAUAAAAACCCCGGAUACGACACCGAUAAAGCGCUGGCAUAUAAGUUUAAUCCAAAUAACAUUAAUAACAUGCAGGCAAAUUUUCAGCCAUUAUUUCUACAAAAUAACAACGUCCAUGAACCUACAAAUAGCACUCAUGAUCCCAAAACCAAUCCCUAUAAUGGCGCUAAUUUCGUACCUGGUUUACUUGGAGGAGGAAGCAAAAAUGAAAUCCCAAUCUUUAAUCCAGCAACAGUGAACAAUGCUCACAUGAACUUUUCCCCAAUCGGAGUGAAUAACCUCCCAGACAUGCCAAAAAAUAACAGCAAGACGAGCAAUACUACCAACUCAUCAGAUGAAUCAUAUUCUUUCUUUAAUCCUAAUGACAUGAUUUCCAACAUGAAUAACCAUCCUGCCGGAAUUAUGAAUUCUGUUGAAACACCAAACAAAGAGAGUCGGUCAGAGAAUGCUUUUGUCCCAGGUUUACUAGCAGGUGGAGAGGGCAUUCCCGAAAGUGACAAAAUAGAACGAAAAAACGAAAAAGAACAACCUCGAAGUUCGAGUUUGAGAGAUAUUUAA